UACCGCGAAUGUUACACCGUGCGCUACGUGUGCGCGCUGCCCCGUGCUUUUCUCCCUCGUAACGGCGACGUGCUGCCGAGGUCCGAGAACGCGUAGUAGAGCUAGCGUUUCGUUUUGUCACGCGGCACUCGUCGCCGGCGCCUCGUCCUCUCUUUCUCUCUCUCUUUCUUUCUCUCUCUCUCUCUCUCUCUGUCUCUUUCUCUGCUCUUUUGUCACUGUCGAAAAUCUUGUUCUUUCUUCGAGCGACCGCCGUGAAGUUUGCCGUCGGUGGACGGCGCGUUCUCGUCCCGUUCGCGUCGGCGAAGGGAGAAGGAAGACGGCGACAGCAAGCCGUACGGAAGGGAAGAGGAAGGAAAGCAGCGGGAGCAGCGGCACGAGGUGACGACCGACGCCCGUCGUUGUCAUCGUCCGGUGUGUGAAAAAGUGCGCGGGUCCGCGACGGUAUAGCGCAUAACCGCGGAAGGAACGCGCGCGGCAAACUUCAUACGAAACGUGCGCGCGCGCGCGCGCGCGUGCAGCAGCACCGCGCGUGUCGUCAUUGGUCGCGUUUUGCGUCGCGGAGAUCGGAGCGUCGAAAUCGGAGUGGUAAAUCGGCGGCGGGAGCAAGUCGUCAACGUUAUUCCAAGGGGGGCGAGCGGAGGGCGAGGAUGCGUUUCUCCGGAUGGACGAUGACGCCGCGACGUCUGUAACGGAAGGUCGUCGCCGACGCCGUUACCGCUCGGUCGGGUAAGAGCAUCGCCAUCGCGGUCGCCGCCGCCGCCGCCGCCGCCGCCGCCGCCGCCGCCGCCGCUGUAUUUACUAUCAACCGUCCCUCCACGCGAAAGUCCGUCGCGACGGUGUAUCGACGUGCAACGCAACGCGUUGGGUUAUGACGCGUCGCGGCGCCGCUUAGGGACGCUCGUCAAGCGCUCGUAACCGGAGCCCGGGGCUCGGUAGUCGUGCGUGCGUGCGUGCGUGCGUGCGUGCGUGCGUGCGUGCCUGUCCCGACGACCGCAGCACGAGACAGCGACAGCGAUGAAGAACGAGCCGUCGAGCCCGGGAACGGGCGGCAGCAAGGGCACCAGCUCGUCGUCGCCGUCCUGCCUGGAGGCGUCGAUGCCGCGUAAGUUCCGCGACGCGGGGACCGCCGGCCUCAAUUGGGCACUCUGCGCCCUCUGUCUGGCCAGUUUCGCCGUGUCCGGUGUGCUCUUCUACCGCGAGCUCGGCCUCGAGGCCAGGAUCGCGAGCCUCGAGUCGCGCCUACGGAUCGUGCAGGAGUCCCCGCUCUCGGUCGACGUUCUCGUGCAGAGGGUCAAGACGGAGAUGCUGCAGACGCAACAACGGCUCGAGCCCGGCGCGGUCUUCAGGCCCAAACGUGACAUCUCCGAGUGCAACUGUCCUCCAGGUCCACCCGGUGAGCCGGGUCCACCCGGAAAGAGGGGCAAGAAAGGGAAAAAGGGCGAUCCCGGGGAGCCCGGUGCGCCGGGUGUGGCCGGGACGCCGGGCAAGAACGGUUUUCCGGGACCAAUCGGCUUGGACGGGCCCAAAGGUGAUCCGGGCCGACCGGGCGACAAGGGGCAGAAGGGCGAGCUGGGCAGCCCCGGAUUCGACGUCUUGUCCGCAGUGAAGGUCAAUGCACAGGGAUUGGGGUUAAAGAGGUCGGUGACGACGCUCCGCGGCGGGACGCUCGGCUACGCGGAAAUCGUCGCUCUCAAGGACCUUCAGGAGAAAGGGGUUAAUAUCUCAGCGCAGAACAUCAUACCACUGAAAGGAGAGCCGGGUGAACCCGGGCCGCCGGGACCACCCGGUCCGCCAGGAGCCGAGGGUCUUCCCGGACACGAGGGCAGACAGGGGAUUCCAGGCGAGGUUGGCUCACCAGGGGAGAAGGGCCCGCCCGGGCCGAUCGGACCCAUCGGCCCGACGGGCACGUCAGGACCUGCAGGUCCCAAGGGUGACAAGGGUGACAAGGGCGAUCGGGGCUUCACAACGACCUUGAAGGGCGAGCAGUUUGCAACUGGAGUAUUCGAAGGCCCACCUGGUCCACCAGGACCACCUGGAUCCCCGGGCGAGAAGGGAGAAGUGGGCCCGACAGGACCGCCCGGCAUGCCCGGCGAGAAGGGCGCUCGGGGAAAGCAAGGGAAGAGGGCUUUCAAGGGUGAGAGCGGUUUGGCAUUGGCGAGGGGUGCCCCCGGCCUGCCGGGUCCGAAGGGUGAGCCCGGCGAACGGGGUUACCGGGGCGAAAAGGGCACCACGGGAGACGCGGGUUCACCAGGGCCUAAGGGAGAGUCGGGACUGCAGGGCUUGCCGGGGCUCAACGGAACCGACGGCGAGCCUGGUAUCCAAGGACCCCCCGGAUUACCGGGAAUAUCCGGACCUAAAGGUGAAAAGGGUGACUAUGGCGACAUUGGUCCCCCCGGCCUUAUGGGACCUCCGGGUCUACCUGGCCCACCGGGCUAUCCUGGGCUGAAAGGCGAAAAGGGAGAAAAAGGUGAAUCGAAGUACAAAAAGCUCAGGCGAAGACAGGGAGACGGCACGUUCGAGAUGAACGCCGGGGAAGUGAUAAUGGGCCCGCCCGGACCCCCAGGACCCGCUGGUACUCCCGGACUACAGGGCCCACCCGGCAUCAAGGGUGACAGAGGACACGACGGCGCCAAGGGCGAUCCUGGAGAAAAGGGUGCCAAAGGGGAUCCUGGUCCGAUGGGACUGCCCGGCCCCAUGGGACUGAGGGGAGAGUCCGGAAAGCCCGGGGAUUCCGGGAAACCUGGCCCCAUGGGAGCACCAGGAUUAGACGGCAUGAAGGGCGCGCAGGGCGAACCAGGAACGAAGGGAGAAAGGGGAGACCCGGGAUUGCCUGGUACCGACGGGAUUCCCGGCGCGGAGGGACCGAAGGGAGAGAAAGGUGCCAAAGGCGAAUCUGGGCCGCCUGGUAAACGCGGCAGGAAAGGCGACAAGGGCAACAAGGGAGAUCAAGGUGUUCCAGGAUUGGAUGCCCCGUGUCCGCUGGGACCGGACGGACUCCCCUUACCGGGCUGCGGCUGGAGACCACCGCAGCAGGAUAUCACGAGCACGUCCACGCCGGCGAACGAGGGUCCCGAGCCCGCGGAGACGGAUUACGAGGAGCCGGAGGACGAGUACGAGGACUAUACGGACCCGAACGGGAACCUAGCCGAGCAAUAAUGCUCGUUUUUGUGCGCCGCCCGAUAAUAACUACCGACAACUACCACCAAUACCAACACCACCAUCAUCAUCAUCACCAUCACUACCACCACCACUGCCACCCUCAUCACUCGUCUCACCCCGUCUUCUCCCAAACUAACGUGGUCCCGCCGAGGAUCAACAUCCUGCGCCAGUGGCUGGAGGAGGAGGCGGAGAAGGAGGACGGGGAGGAGGAGGAGAACGAGCGGCAGUGAUGUUGCAAGGACAAUAGCGCAUUUUUUUCAUAAGGACUUCUGUAUAUCCUCCCGUUCCCGCCUCCGUCUCGUUGCGACCGCGUUUUAUGAAAAAGAAAAGAAA